UUGGACUCCUGAUCCUCUGGAGAAAUGUACGGCAACAGGGGAGUCAUCAACGUGCCGUGGCACCAGCACCGGCACGGCGCCCGCUUCGAUCGCCCCUUUCCCUCGAUGAGCCGGCCGGAAUGCAUCGGCGUCUGCAGCAUCGACGCUCGCCGGGAUUAUGUGGACGACGCCAGCGGGGCCAGCUACCUGGUUGGGCCACCCUGGCCCCCGCUGCCCAUCGAUUUGAAUGCGGGUAUAGAGGACGUGAUCCGUAAGUCCACGGACUUCGCCACCAAGGACCUGGAAUUCGUUCUCCUUUACAUCCGGCACCACAAGGAGCAGCUGCUCCGGCGGCGCCACUCCGAUCCCCACGCCUUCACCCUGGACACCGACUUUGUGACGCUGCGCGGCAUCCUGCGCCAGAUCAUGUGCAUGCAGUACGAGUGGAACCGCGAGUUCCGCAUCAAGGCCACCCGGCUGAACGGCACCAUUUACAUGGCCAAGGAGGAGACGCCGGAGCAGCGGCUGGAGAGCGAGAGCAUGACCCGGGGCCAGCUGGACAUGUGCUCGUGGGGCUUCAAGUUCGAGCAGUAUGUGACCAGCAAGGAGGCGCAGGGCAAACCGGUUACGGAUGUGCCCGUCAACGAGGCGGAGGAGUUUAUGGCCAUGUUCCGGGGACAGCUGGCCGGUUUGAGGCUGCUCUUCGGCGCCGAAAUGGACUGUGUGGUCAGCAAGGAACCAGUUGACUUCAAGGAUCCCAAGGUGCUGGACUCGCUGAAAUUCGUGGAGCUGAAGACCUCGGCCCACAACAUGAACCACAAGCAGCUGCGCAGCUUCGACAACUACAAGUCGGCCAACUGGUGGAGCCAGUCGUUCCUGGUGGGCAUCCAGACGAUCUACGCGGGACUGCGCGACUCCCGGGGGCUGGUGCAGGAGAUCAAGGAGUACGACGUCCGCAGUUUGGCCCGCAACAAGCCGUGGAGUCCAUCGGCCAUGGCCUGGUUCCUUGAGCAGUUCCUGCGCAAGCUCAAGGAGCUGCUGGUGGCCCUCGACGAUCCCUUGGCCGUCGUCCAGGUGACUUUCCGGGACCGAAUGGCCAACUACGAGGUGCUGCGCGGCCCGGAACACCAGAUCCUGCCGGACUGGUAUCGCGAAAUGCUCAAGACGGAAUAAAUAAUUAAGGCUCUUAACUUAAGUCACUCCAGUCAACCAUUAAACUAAAACAAUUCCUUAAUAAUAAACUAGUAUAGAAUCUUAGGAAAAGAUUUACUAAUUUAAAAGACUAAUUCAUCAUUCUAGAACUAAGAUCUUGCUUAAAAACAAUGCAUAAAUAUU